AUGUCGUUCAUAAACACUCCCCUCUACGGCGGCGCCAUCACAGUCGAUCUGCCUUCCAAUUUUGCCGACACAAGCCAAAUCCGAGAAGUGCCCGACCAUCAAGAAGUCUACCUAGACAACGAUGGCUACUCAUCGAUCGUCGUCGAGAUCCUCGAAUAUCAAGAGAAGGGCAGCGAUGAGGAAGCGUUGCAGUACCAUUUCGCCGACCUAAUCGAUGAAGAAGAUAGCACCAAUAUCCUCGAGCAGGGCCGUGCGGUGAUGGCAAAGCUGAGCGACAAGCCAGUCUACACUCUGCGCUUCAUUCAGACACCACCACCCAACACAAACCCUAGCCGCAAGGUGCCAGAAUAUGUCUACAUCUAUCUCGUGCUGCUGCGUCUGAAAGAGCAGGACACGGAUCUCAUGAUCUCUGUGAACAUUCCGCACUACCCUGGAGAGUAUGAGAAGCCCAAAGAGGGUGAGACUACGCUGUUGAUGAAGGAUAGUGAGAAGGUCAAGGACAGGAUAUUGGAGACCUUUGAGGUCAAAGACUGGGGCCUCUUUGAGGGCUAG